CUGUUGAACCUUGAUGUUAUAAUUACUGACCACUAGAGGCUGUGAUUCAAGCACUGGAUGAUCAAUCUUGUUUUGUUUUUGUUUUUUUUGCCAUGUCAGUAAUUUACUGUUCGCUUUAGUUUGCUGCAUUGAUUGUUGUGGUUUAUUUAACUUAAAAGCCAGCAGCGUUUAUCCUCCCGCUGAGUCCGUUAGCAUCUAUGGGGUCGGCUACAACACAAUGUUCUCUGCUGGUGUUCUGUUUUUUGGCGGGCUGGUCAUGCUUCUCGGCAGUAUGAUGCUGUCCGCUUGCACCUGACAACAGGUGUCGCAUCAAAAUCAUUUUCUGUGACGGUAGAGGGCGAUAGACCACAGAUACGUCUUGAAGAUCAGCGAGAAGAAAAGUAUCUGCGUAAAUACUGAUAAACAGCUGGGAUUGUGAACUUCACGGAUCUUUUACUGUCAUCGCACUGACAGGAAAAAUAUAAACUAUUUGACUCUGUAAACUGUUUGACUGGCCAUCGAACAGAAUACCUGUGAUAUUAAAAUAUGUAAACCAACUGUGUCCGUUUAAUGAAUUGUUAAACGAUUAGGAAAUGAUUCCAAGUGCUUGGGUGGUUUUGAACACAAAUUUUGAUGUUUCUUCCACCUCUUCAUUAUAGUCAUAUCACACUUAUUACAGUAUUUAACUCUCCAAUAGCCAGAAUCACACUGGUCACAGAUUUUGAUAAUAAUAAUCCGUGACAUUACUGUACAGGCCUGUAAAUUAUGUCAGUGUAAAACAACUAUUUUUCAGAGUUCCUCCACCUCUUCACCACUAUCUGAGUGUAUUUAUAAAUAUUUAACCCUCAAAUAGCCAAAUUGACACUGUAGACAGUGCCUGUGGACCCCCUGCUGGCGGUAGAGCCACCUGGGUCACUGGAAGGUCACAGGUGACUUUGUUGUGAUCGUGCUUUGCUUGAAGCACUGCCUCCAGUGUCUUAACUUUUGUUUUUCUUCCACAAAAUGGGUUCUUUUGUAGCAUUUCAGACUGAAGGGAAGUUGUAUUUGAUCCUGGAUUUCCUCCGAGGCGGAGAUCUUUUCACCAGACUCUCUAAAGAGGUGAUGUUCACAGAAGAGGAUGUGAAGUUUUAUCUAGCAGAGCUCGCUUUAGGACUGGACCACCUUCACAGCUUAGGCAUCAUUUACAGAGACCUCAAACCUGAAAAUAUCCUUCUGGAUGAGGAAGGGCAUAUCAAACUCACAGAUUUUGGCUUGUGCAAAGAGGCCAUCGAUCAUGAGAAGAAGGCGUAUUCGUUCUGUGGUACUGUCGAAUACAUGGCACCAGAGGUUGUAAACAGGCAGGGCCACAUUCACAGCGCUGACUGGUGGUCGUUUGGGGUUCUGAUGUUUGAGAUGCUGACAGGAUCUCUGCCGUUUCAAGGGAAGGACCGCAAAGAAACAAUGAAUCUUAUAUUGAAGGCACGCCUAGGAAUGCCUCAGUUCCUGAGUGCAGAAGCCCAGUCUCUGCUCAGGGCUUUGUUCAAAAGAAAUCCUGCCAACAGACUGGGCUCGGGCGCUGACGGUGCAGAGGAGAUAAAGCGGCACGGCUUCUUCUCCACUAUAGACUGGAAUAAACUCUUCCGAAGGGAAGUAAAGCCUCCGUUCAGGCCAGCUGUCGCCCGCCCAGACGACACCUUCUACUUCGACUCAGAGUUCACUUCCCGCACUCCCAAAGACUCUCCUGGUGUGCCACCCAGUGCUGGAGCUCACCAGCUGUUCAGAGGCUUCAGCUUUGUUGCAUCCACUCUGUUGGAGGAGGAAGGCUCAGCAGUGCCGCCGCAGCCGCCGCCACACCCAGUAGUCCAGCAGCUGCACGGGAAAAACCUUCUGUUCAGCGAUGGGUACGUCCUCAAGGAGGACAUCGGCAUGGGCUCCUUCUCCGUCUGCAAGCGCUGCAUCCACAAAGCCACCAACACCGAGUAUGCUGUCAAGGUGAUUGACAAGACCAGCACAGAUCCGUCGGAGGAAAUAGAGAUCCUGCUUCGAUAUGGACAGCACCCCAACAUCAUAACACUGAAAGACGUGUAUGACAAUGGGAAGCAGGUGUUCAUGGUGACGGAGCUGAUGCGCGGCGGAGAGCUGCUGGAUCGGAUCCUGAAGCAGAAGUCUUUCUCAGAGCGGGAGGCCAGCGCUGUGCUUCAUACCAUCACAAAGACUGUGGAGUACCUCCACUCCCAGGGGGUCGUGCACAGAGACCUGAAGCCCAGCAACAUCCUCUACGUUGACGAAUCAGGAAAUCCUGAGUCCAUCAGGAUUUGCGACUUUGGCUUUGCGAAGCAGCUACGCGCCAACAACGGCCUGCUGAUGACCCCGUGCUACACCGCUAACUUUGUAGCUCCUGAAGUGUUGAAGCGUCAAGGCUACGAUGAAGGAUGUGACAUCUGGAGUCUGGGAGUCUUACUGUACACCAUGCUGGCUGGCUUCACUCCGUUUGCCAACGGGCCGGAGGACACUCCUAACGAGAUCCUGAGUAGGAUAGGAAGUGGUCACUUCAGCCUGGCUGGAGGGAACUGGGACACUGUGUCUGAUGCUGCCAAGGACCUUGUGUCCAAGAUGCUCCAUGUGGAUCCGCACCAGAGACUGACUGCUAAGCAGGUCCUCAGACACCCCUGGAUCGUCCAGAGGGACAAGCUGCCCAACAGCCAGCUCCCUCAUCAGGACCCCAAACUGGUCAAGGGUGCGAUGGCAGCCACCUACUCCGCCCUGAAGAACUCCCAGCCCACUCCAGAGCUCAAACCCAUCGAGAGUUCCUUCCUCGCCCAGCGGCGUGUCAAGAAGCUGCCCUCCACCUCCCUGUAGCGACUUAAAAAUAAGAAAAAUAAUAAAUAAAAAACCAGCCAUCCCGCUCAAUGGAGCCUGAUCCUUAAAACCAACUACAAAUGCUCCAAACCAGCCCAGUCAGCUUGCUCUGGGACGUAGCGUCCAGCCGCCAAAAACCAGCCAAGGAACACCGACUGUGGUCCUGCCCUCGUCUCGUGACAUCACGUUGUCCUGCUCUCACUGUCGCCUCCGUGUGUGUGGGCUCGUCGGCUGCUGGGAGCCCGUGGAUUCGGAGUGGUAAAAGAUCUGGAUGGUGAAUGAGGACGCGUGGGGGUGGGUGUUUAACAUCGGGGGAGGCGGGGCGUUUUGGGAAUAACGCGUUUGCAUGACCAGCGACAGAGCGGAUGCAGCCGAUGAAAGUUUUCUCUCCUGAUCAUUGCUGUAAUUAGUUCCUGCUGCACGCUUGUCUGUCGGCCUGUUCAGUUGUCUGCUUUACUUCUUCUUUUGAAGCUUUAUAUCCCUUGUUGUGCUGCCUAAUCGAUGUGCCGACAGCACAGAGCCACAGUAUUGUCCAACUGCUGUACAAUGUUUAUUUUUGUUUGUUUUUCUUCAAAAAGCAGAAUUAAAAUGUUAAGUAUUUUUUGGCGGGGCUCUGGUUCAACCAGAAUAUCGUGGAUUCUGCGAAAUGUUUUGGUUGAUGUUGAUCUCAAUUUGUUUGGUUUUACAGACGGCGUGGGUGUGUGUGUGUUUGUGUGUGUGUUUGAGUCAGUGUGAAUUGCAUGACUUGCAGUGUGUGUCAGUUCUGUCUGCAGAGUCAUGUGCAUGGUGAUGUGAAGAUGUCAUGUGGCUUCUUUGUUUUGCCGCUUUCCCUCUCUGCUUGGUUAAAAAAAGUCUUCUAUUUUUAUGACUAUAAACUAGUGAAAUAGUUGGCUUUCUGUGAAAGAAAAUCUGCCCACGGAACAAUGUGGCAUGUUGAAAUCUGUUCAAUGCUUUGGUUUCUCGUUUAUUCUACUGUUUCUUGGAAAAUGCAUAUUGAAAUCUGUUUAUUGUGUUGGCUGCUUUUGUUGUUUUUUUGUGUUUUGGCUUUUUUUAUUUUGCUCUUUGUCUCAAGAAACAAAAUGGUUUAAAAUAGUGAAAGACAUGCUGAGCAGAUCACAGCCUACAGGUCUCUACUUAUGUUAUAAGAAUGUAAAAGGGACACACUUCAUUCAUUCAAACACAACUGGUUAUUAAAGCCAAACACUCCUUCUCCUUACCUUUUCCAUUUAUCAUAUUUGAAUUUCAUUCUUUUUUCUUUUUUUUUUUUCGUUUUACCACUUUCAUCACAAUAAAUCAGUAAUCUGUCGAUCUUUCCUGAAUUACUUCCUGUGUCAGGUCAUGCUCUCAGCUCGGUGCCUGCAGGUGAGACUGUCUUGCAUUAUGAUGUGAUUUUAAAUGACAGACCUGUAAGGCCAGAUAUGUUAAGAACAAGCUGUCUUACCUCAAAAGGGAUCAAAGUUCUGUUCUAAUUCUUGUUUGGCAAAUUGUUUUGACUGAUGGCAUUGUGGGAUCAUGUUAUUGUAUGAUAAAGAUGAAGAUUUUUAUAUCUUAUAAUAUUAAAAGCAGAGUUGCUAUGACAAA